UGCAGACAGCGCUGGCCGGUGCCCCCAGCGGUACCUCCAUACACCCGGGCUAUGUGUCUCCUGCUGCUGGGACCCUGUGCACUGCUGCUGUCAUUGAAAGUUGUGUUGUUUACUAAUGGAGCCGAAGUCUCUUCUGGAUCCUGUACCUUUGAAAACAGUACAUGCUCCUACAAGUCAGCUUUUACGUUUCUUCCAUGGACCGUUAAUUCUGAAGGUCAUUUCAUUUCGGUGGACACUUCCUAUGGAACAGCCGGACAGAAAGCUGUGCUUGUCAGUCCAGACCUCCAGCCCGAUGAGUGGAGCUGUCUCAGACUGGUCUAUCAGAUUGCUGGCACUGAGUCCUCUGCCAGUCCUAGUAAGCUAAAUGUGUUUGUCCGGCCUGGUGAAGAGAGUUUUGAUUACCUCUUGUGGUCAUCUGAUGAACAAUCAGACAGCUGGUUAAUAGCAAGUAUUGAUUUGAGACAUACAUCAAGAAAAUACAAGAUCAUAUUAGAAGGGAUUUUAGGAGCAGAUAAAGUCAGUAGCAUUGCUAUUUUUGAACUCAAGAUGACUACUGGGUACUGCAUCGAGUGUGACUUUGAAGAAAACCAUCUUUGUGGUUACAUGAACAUCUGGAAUCCAAAUGUAAACUGGUUUGUCGGUGGAGGAAAUAUCCGAAAUACGCCGUCUAUCUUGCCUAAAGACCACACACUCAACAGCGAAUUAGGUCACUACAUGUAUGUUGACUCUGUUUAUGUCAAAGCUUUCCAAGAAGUGGCUCAGCUGAUCUCUCCCCUAAUUAUUAGUCCUAUUGCGGGUUGUAUGUCUUUUUAUUAUCAACUUCAGAAGGAAAGUAGCAAUGUCUUUGUGGUAUAUACCAGAGACUUGCAUGGUUCAUAUGAAGAAAUCUGGAAAAUGGAGGGUACGAGACGAGGAGAAUGGAAUUUAGCAGAAGUCGAUUUAAAUGUCCAUGUCCCUGUUGAGGUUAUCUUUGAAGUUGCAUUCAAUGGUGUACAAGCUGGAUACGUUGCCCUGGAUGACAUUUCAUUCUCCGCAGAACACUGCUCUGGUGAAAGAGAACCCGUUUUUAAUGUAGAGGAGGCUGGGUGUGACUUUGAGAAAGAUAUGUGCCGCUUCCAUCAAGACGGUAGAGACGGUGCUGGGUGGAACAGAGUGAAAAUAAAACCAAAUGCAUACAGAAUAGGAGAUCAUACCACUGGUUCAGGCCAUUUCAUGUUGGCUAACACAAGGUUUACCUCUCAGCCGGGUUACUUUGGACGUCUUUAUGGUCCUUCUUUGCCAGGAAACAUGCAAUAUUGUCUGCGUUUCUUUUAUGCAUUUUAUGGCUUCUCUAAAAUGAAUGACGCCCUGGCUGUGUAUUUAUUUGAAGAGAACCAUGUUGUCCAAGAAAAAAUCUGGUCUGUUCAGGAGUCACCUAAAGGAGUUUGGUUACAAGCCGAAAUCAACAUAAACAAGCCAAUGCCUUGCAAGGUUGUGUUUGUGAGCUGGUGUAAGAGCUUUUGGGAUUGUGGCCUUACAGCACUCGAUGAUGUUUCAGUGAGCGUUGGAAACUGCCAAACAGCUGAUAGACUUCCUCCACCACCUGGCAAGUGUACAUUUGAAAAGAAUGAUUGUGGAUUUCAGCAGGAAUGGCAAAGGAGAGGCAUGUGGCACAGGAUACGAGGAAGUACUCCAACAUCAUACACUGGACCAAGGGGUGACCACACUUCUGGGGUAGGCUACUAUAUGUACAUUGAAGCAACCCAUAUGGUCUAUGGGCAGAAAGCAAGAUUACUAUCAAGACCACUUUGGGCCAUCCCUGGGAAGCAGUGCUUGACUUUUUUUUAUCAUAUGUAUGGAGCUGGUACUGGACUCCUUAAUGUUUACUUGAGAAAAGAAAGUGAGAGACACAAGGAUACUCUGCUCUGGACAAAGAAAGGUGAACAAAGCAUUAGCUGGAUGAAGGCUCAUGUGGAAUAUGAGAGCAAUAAACAGCAUCAGAUUAUCUUUGAAGCUAUUCGAGGAGUUUCAAUAAGAAGUGAUGUUGCAAUUGAUGAUGUCAUGUUUCAAAAUGGACCCUGCAAAGAUACAAACGAUUCCUUGACUCUGCAGUCUUCGGGUUAUUCAGAUGACUUCAAUGAAAUUGAUCUCUAGCUCUUGAGCUUACUGAAAAACAAUGUAUCAAACUAGACUUUGGUCUCUUGUGAAACUGCACAGAACAUUAUAUUUUAUAGAGAAUUCCGAAGAUUGCUUCGGAAAAAAUAUUUACGGAUACAUAGCACAAACUCAGAGCACUUGUGUUCGCCGUCAUAUAAAAACCUACUCAGGCCUAGAUUUGUGUAACAAUGGUAUUUUUGCAAUGACUAUAAAGGAUGUGUGUGCUGUGUUGCAGAUUGCAAUAAGAAAUCCACUGUAUAGCAAUACAAAACAUAUAUAAAUGUAUGUUCUUUUGCUAUUUUAUUAUUGCGUGGUUUCAUUGUUAAUUUUGUAAUGUUUUUGAUACUGUUGGAACCCCACAAAAUUCACAAUAAAAUAUCUAAAUUGU